GUUGAGCUGCGAGGGGCAGUGGAAGAGGCUGUGAAGGAGACCCCGGAGUACCGCUGCACGCAGUCCCAGCAGUUUUCUGCUCUGCACAACGAGAGUCUGCAGCUGAAGGCACACCUUGACGGGGCCGCACGCUGCUCCACGGCACCCGUGCCACACACCAGCACCAGGCCCCAUCAUCGGGAGAUGCGUCACCUCAGCAGCAGCCUCCAGAAUCACAACCACCAGCUGAAGGGAGAGGUGCUGAGAUACAAGCGCAAACUGAGAGAGGCCCAGUCUGACCUGAGCAAAAUCCGCUCUCGCAGUGGCAGUGCUCUCCUCCAGUCCCAGUCCAGCACUGAAGACACAAAGGAGGAACCUGCAGAGAUCAAGCAGGAGCCUGAUGAUCCUUCUGCCCAAGGGACUGUUCCCAAGGCUGCUUCUGAAGGUGUUAGGGAGAUGAAGGCAAGGCGAGAUGAAGAGGAAUGGGAGCGGGAGAGACGGGAAAGGGAGAGGGAGCGAGAAAAUGGAAAGGAGAAGGAGAGAGAACGAGAAAAAGAGAAAGAGAAGGAAAAUGAACGAGAGUGGGAAAAGCAGAAGCAGAAGGAAUCUGAGAAGGAGAGAGAGUCCAAAGAGAAGGAGAAAGAGAAGCAUGAAGAUGGAAGAAAGAAGGAGGCUGAAGUGAUCCAGCAGCUGAAGGCUGAGCUCAAGAAAGCUCUGGAGAGCCAGGAGGAAAGGAAACUGUUGCUAGGCAUGUAUUGCUCUGCCCCCAAAGAGCAGAGAGACAAAGUGCAGCUCAUGGCAGCUGAGAAGGCAAAAGCUGAGCUUGAAGAACUGAGGCAGAGGGUGAAAGAAUUGGAGGACAAGGAAAAAAAGGAGAGUAAGAAGAUGGCUGAUGAGGAUGCCCUCCGCAAGAUCUGAGCAGUGGAAGAACAGCUUGAAUAUUUACAGAAGAAACUUGCCAUGGCUAAGCAGGAGGAAGAGGCCCUGCUGUUGGAAAUGGAUGUCACAGGCCAAGCCUUUGAAAACAUGCAAGAGCAGAACAUCCUGAUGCAGCCGCUGCGGGAGAAGGAUGAUGCCAACUUCCAGCUGAUGUCAGAAUGUAUCAAGUCCAACCAGAUCCAUAAGCUGCUGAAAGAGGAAAAGGAGGAGCUGGCAGACCAAGUUUUGACACUGAAAACACAGGUAAUAGGGAAAAAUGAGAGAGGACAAGAGAGCUGGUGGGGAGACGGAGGUGUGGGUUAUCUGUUUUGCGCAGCUGCACACAACCGUUUGUUCUCUCCCCCACUGAGGGAAAGGGGAAAGAAGCAGAAAGGACAAAGUGAGAAAACUGGUGGGCUGAAUAAAGGCAGUUGAACAGUUAAAGCAGAGAUGUCCAUACAAGCAAAACAAAAAAUUAAUUAAUUGGUUAUUUGCUGGGGCAG